AUGGCUGAGAAACCAGCGUUCCACGUCAUUGUUUUGGGCCCGACUGGUGGACCCCGCGAAGAUAGCGUCACAGGCAUUCUUGUCCGGUCAACGUCCACGAAAUGGUCUUCAAACUCCGUUGUAGCUGUUGAUGCGGGUACCCUUCUCGCAGGCAUCAUUCGACUACUGGAACGAUACAUCCCCGAAUGCAGGGAUGAUCAGGGGAUGAUGACAAGUGGGCCAUUUCAGGGGCUCGAGCUACCCUGUCGCACAGCACAGGCAAAUGCAGCCCAUGUAUUUCGCGAAAUUAUCGGUGCUGUUCUCAUCACACACCCUCAUCUAGAUCAUAUCUCAGGGCUGGCCAUUAACACUCCAAUUCUGGAGGCGGGCAACGGGCCAAAGCCUGUGGCUGCUUUGCCAUCUGUGCUAUCCGCUCUGAAGAACCACAUGUUCAAUGAUGUCAUAUGGCCUAACUUGUCGGACGAGGAUGGGGGUGCUGGUCUGCUCACAUAUCAGCGCUUGGUGGAAGGUGGAAACCCUCGUUUCGGUCGUGGGGACAGUAGAGGCUAUGUCAGGGCGUGCAAUGGCCUACUGACAAAAUGUUUGAGUGUUAGCCAUGGGCGGUGCAAGCAGCGAUACCAUCCAGAAAGUGGAAUGCAUCACCGAGUCGGGAGUACUGUCUUUUCCGAUCACCAAUUGAUGCUUCCUUCAAGGGCGAUUUCAGUGGACCAUACCGAUGGCAGUUUCUAUUCCCCCGCUCGCUCUCCACGUCUACUCCCCUCCAACUCCAAAGAGCCAGUGAUGGCAACAGUGGAGAGUUCUGCUUUCUUUCUGCGCGAUCAUCACACCGGCAGCGAGAUCAUCGUGUUUGGUGACGUCGAGCCCGACUCAGUCUCCAUGGGAACCCACAACAAACGAGUAUGGGAAGCCGCGGCCCCGAAGAUCGCCACAGGGAAACUACGAGCGAUCUUCAUCGAAUGCUCCUACAAUGACAGCACCGACGACUCAUAUCUAUACGGCCACAUGUGUCCACGACAUCUCGUCUCCGAGCUCAGCGUGCUCGCCAACAGAGUUACGGAAGUGCGGGAUUCGAUUACGGGCGAGAAAAAGCGCAAGCGUGACCCCCCUGCCGAGACCGGCAGCGAGCAAGUGAGCCCUCGAUCGAAACGGACUCUAAGCUCCUCGGCCGAUAAAGGCCGGACACCCGAGCCGCCUGCUGAGCCUCGAUCGCAUCCGAGCGAGUCAUUUGAGACCCCUCAGAUACCCAAAGCGGAUAUCGCAGAUACUACGGGAAAUCCGGACUCUGGGGCUUCGGAGAAUCUUACUGAUGGGCCUCACCUUAGAGAUCAGAUCCUGAGAGAGCUCCAGGAUCAUGGUGAAGCAGCCCAUCUGGGUUGUGAAUUCUUUAUCCCGAAUCCUCUUGAGGGAAUAUGGAUUUGA